UUUCAAUGUUUACCAUUUCAGUCGCUGCCAGUAAACAGGCGGGAGAUUAGAUUACACCAAAAAGAAAAACAUUUCCGUGAAGAAAAUUGAAAAAGAAAAUGGCAGAGCCAAUGGAGAUCUCUUCUUCAUCAGAAGCCCUCGAUCUUCACUCUAUUCGCAGCCGAAUAAAUGAGCUUUCGGAGAUUCAUCGUGUUGAUAAAAAUGAGGAUGAGAGUGAAGCUCUCUCUUUGGACUCCGAGAAGUUGCUCAAAGAUUGCAGUCUUCAUUUUGAGAGCAAAGUGAAGCAAAUUAUUGAAGAGUAUUCUGAUGUGGGUUUUUUAGGCAUUGAAGAUUUGGAUGAAUACCUAAAACACUUGAAAGAGGAGCUUAAUCAAGUGGAGGCUGAAAGUGCCAAGAUUUCUAAUGAAAUUGAGGAUCUUUCAAGAAACCAUAUUGAAGAAUCAAAUAUACUAGAAGGCAAUCUUGAAGGGUUGAAAUGUGCAUUGGAUUCUAUUGCAUCUCAGGGAAUGGAGAGAGUAGAAGAGGACCCAUGCCUUGACUCUUCUAUGAAUGAUGAAGAUCAACUGAAUCUGAUGGAUUCAAAUGAAGAGCAAAAGUUUGAGAUUAUGGAACUAGAAAGUCAGAUUGAGAAGAACAAUAUGAUUUUGAAGUCUUUGCAGGAUCUUGAUUCGAUGUUCAAAAGAUUAGAUGCCUUAGAACAGAUUGAAGAGGCAUUGACAGGUUUGAAAGUCAUUGGGUUUGAUGGAAACUGCAUUAGGUUGUCAUUACAGACGUAUAUUCCAAAAUUAGAGGGUCUGUUGUGCCAAAAAACAAUUGAAGAUAUUUCUGAGCCAUCUGAAAUGAAUCAUGAAUUGCUAGUAGAGAUUAUGGAUGGAACCAUGGAGAUUAAGAAUGUUGAGAUGUUCCCAAAUGAUGUUUACUUAGGCGAUAUCAUUGAUGCUACAAAGUCCUUCAGGCAGCUAUCCUCGAACUUAAUGGUGCAGGAGACACGGUCUUCAUUGGAGUGGUUUGUGGGAAAAGUUCAGGACAGGAUUAUCUUAAGUACUUUGAGACGACUUAUAGUGAAGAGCACAAAUAAAUCAAGACAUUCGUUUGAGUACUUAGAGAGAGAUGAGACAAUUGUAGCUCACUUGGUUGGGGGAAUUGAUGCAUUCAUAAAGCUGCCUCAAGGUUGGCCGCUAUCAAAAUCUCCAUUGAAAUUGUUAUCCAUCAAGAGCUCAGAUCAUCAUUCAAGGGGAAUUUCAUUGAGCUUACUUUGCAAGGCUGAGGAAAUGGCAAAUUCCUUGGAUAUGCACAUUCGACAAAAUUUGUCAACCUUUGUGGAUGCUGUUGAAAAGUUACUCUUGGAACAGAUGCGCUUAGAACUUCAGUCUGAUGAGGCCUCUGAUAAGUGAUCAUGUUGCAGCCUGUCUAUCACUUGGUAAGCUUAAAAGUUAAUGUUGCAUAUACUUAAUAAAAUCGUCUACGGUCCAAAUUCUCAGGAAAUCAUUGGUAGAGAUAUUACCUGGAUCGGACCCUUGUACAAGAUACAUCUUGGCAACAUCUGUGGAGAAAUGUUUCUGUUAUGUAGCUUCUGUACUAGUGUAACUUUCAUGGCAUAAAUCAGUCAUGUAGAAUGCCUAGUAAUAUGAUUAUGAUAAAUGAUUUCCACAGUAAGAUGUACAAAAAAUGGGACUUGAAAAGUUUUUAUGUUCA